GCAAAUUCAUAAUCGAUGACAAACUUCUUAACCUACAAAACUCAAUUUUAACAAUUACUAUUUUCUGAGUACUAAGCGAUGAUUUUUUAAAGUUAAUUAAACAAUUAUCGAUUUUUUCUUUUUGAACCUAUGUUUUUAGGCAAAAAGGAAUCAAAUGAGUAAAAUCAUUAAGUUCUAAGAUAUAAUUACUACAUUUGAAAUUUUAUUUUUUGCCAGUAAGUUUUCUAUAUCAAGAAAUUUACGUCAGAUGAAUCUUUGGCGGAAUGUAACGAACCAAUUUGUUGUUUGCUCCAUAAGAAAUCAUCAUCGUACCUGGCUGUGUAAAAAAUCUCUCAUUCAAGAUAAAAUUAUCCACAGAAAAUCACAGUACUUAAUACUGCAAAAAUGUGAUUUUCGCACCACAAAAAGUUUAUGUAUUCCACCAAUAGUAGCUUUGCUUUUGCGUCCUGUUUUACGUAUUAGUACGUUAAUAAUGGGGCGUAGUAUAAAAAGAUGGUGGCGACGCAAGCCUAAGAAAGAGAAGGAAGAAUAUAAACAAUGGUUUAAAGAAAGGCGCAAUGUAUUUUUGGGUUGUUUUGGUCUCUAUGGCUUAAUACUAGUUGUUUAUUAUAUAACUCAUCUUGAAACUGAUCCAUUGACGCAACGUUCAAGAUUUAUUAUCUUUAAUCAAGAACAAGAGAAGAAAUUAGGGAAUAUGAUUCUUGAAGCUCAUUUAGAAACUCAUAAAAACGAUUUGGUACCAAAGACUCAUCCAGCUUACAAGAGACUUUUAAGGGUUAUUGAAAAAAUUUUUAUAGCUAAUAAAGAUUUAAAGUUCAUGAGAGAAACAGAAUGGACUUUAACUGUUAUCAGUACACCAUUAACAAAUUCAUAUGUCUUGCCGGGUGGAAAUAUCUUUAUUUCCUUAGAUAUUUUAAAAAUUAUUGAAAAUGACGACCAAUUAGGUAUUAUUUUAGCCCACGAAAUGGCUCAUUCGCUGCUGUUACAUUCUCUUGAGGCAUUAUCUGAUCAACUAUUAUGGGAUUUUUUAAUAGCAAUACCUGUAUUAUUAAUUUGGGCUUUAUUUCCUGAUUUAUCGGCUGCUAUAAUUCAUAUGAUAGGAGAACGAAUUGUGAAUCUUAUAUAUAAUCUUCCAUUCAGCAGAGACUUGGAGAAUGAAGCUGAUGAAGUAGGACUUAAACUGGCUGCAAAAGCUUGCUUUGAUAUUCGUGAAGCUGUUGUAUUUUGGGCUACGAUGAGGACGCUUACAGAAAUGCAUACAUUGCCCACAGAACUGCCAUGGAUAUCAACACAUCCUGCUCAUGGCGAUAGAGAGAAAAACUUGAACAAAGCAAUGACAAAAGCAUUAGAAUUGCGAAAAAACUCAGGGUGCUCAGCGUUGUCUACAGCAGAUCCAAGGGACAAAUUUUACAAACGAUCGACAAAAGAACACGAGAUUUAUUUCAAACAGAGAGGGAUAAUUUAAGAUCAGAAGGUAUUCCUGAACUCAGUGCCAAAACUACAUGUUUUUACAGGUGUGUACAGCGGCUUUGGCACAUAAAAAUAAAUCAAAGUUCGAAAAGUAUAAAAAAUACGAAGAUUGCAAGGAAUACCAACAAGUUUAAGAUCCUACACAUAAUGGAGGAAUAGAAAUUAGGAACAGAAUUUAAAUUUUGAAAAAAAA